GGUGUCACAUCGCGCUCUGCUCACCGCUCUCAAGAAUGGGUUCAGUCCUAGCGCGCAGCACACACACUGCCAUCUCCCAGCGCGAGCGGUGCGCGGCAAUUUAAUGACGACAUAAUCUGAUGAAGUAGCAACAAUCGGGGAAAAAAGUGGAUCUUCAUGCGCACAUUCCCGGGAAUAUUCCAGCUGGCUUCAGGAUGAAGACACCGAUGCGUCAUGGAGUAGCCGUAUUUCUAGCGAUCACCAUGUGCACCAGUCUGUUGUUCGUGUACAGCGUCAGCUACAAUAAUAAUACUACAGCAUCCAGCGCGUCUAAGGGCGCGUCAGGUGAGAAAGUGGAGCCCACCAGAGCUCCCCGCGCGCCUCCGGCACUGCAGGGAUAUAGCAGCAUCAUUGAGCACAAGCCUCUAAAGAUGCACUGCAGGAGCUGCGCGCUGGUCACCAGCUCGGGUCAUCUAACCGGUGGGGGGCGCGGAAAAGAGAUCGAUCAGGCGGAGUGCGUCAUCCGAAUGAAUGACGCGCCCACGGCCCGUGGCUACGGGGUGGACGUGGGUCACCGCACGAGCCUGAGGGUCAUCGCUCAUUCCAGCAUGCAGAGAGUGCUGCGCAGUCGCCACGAACUCCUCAACUCCAGUCAGGACACGGUCUUCAUCUUCUGGGGACCCAGCAGUUAUAUGCGACGUGACGGGAAAGGCCUGGUUUAUAACAACCUGCGGCUUAUGAACCAAGUGCUGCCCAAACUCAAGGUCUAUAUCAUCUCCUGGCAGAAAAUGCUCCAGUUUGAUGAACUAUUCAAGAGAGAGACCGGCAAAGACAGGAGAAUCUCUAACUCGUGGUUAAGCACAGGCUGGUUCACAAUGACUAUUGCUUUAGAGCUCUGUGACAGGAUCAAUGUGUACGGCAUGGUGCCUCCAGAUUUCUGUAGGGAGUCUCAGCACCACUCUGUCCCAUAUCACUACUACGAACCGACGGGUCCGGACGAAUGCGCCAUGUACAUCUCCCACGAGCGGGGCCGGCGAGGCAGCCACCAUCGCUUCAUCACAGAGAAGCGGGUCUUUGCCAACUGGGCUCGGACAUUCAACAUCCAUUUCUACCAGCCGGACUGGAGUCCUCCGCCGUUACCGAGAAAUAGCACGGCGACCACAGCCUUUCCCCGAUCGCAGAAGACGUGACUCUCACCAGAGCCUUCGAAAAAUCUCAAACUGCCUCAGACGGAUCACUGGCUAAUUCCUGUUGCCGUGUGGAUGGAGCUUUACGUGCUGGAUUGACUGAGAGACACGAGGAGAACUGAUGCUUAAACCUUUUCUUUUGCACAAUCAUUGUUUCUUUAGGUACAAAAGGCAUUCCAAUAGUCUGUACGCAUUCAUAUUUCAGAAACUUUUAUCAAUUGAGUAUCACUGGGAGUUUUUAGUAUUGUGCAGAGUAUAGGAAAAAUUAGAAAUGGUGGCAGAUCAAAGAGCUCUGGAUCAAGGAGCCGCCUGCAACGAACAUUGUGCUAAAGACAACGUAAAACAGCAUCCGCAAGUUAUUUUACUUUCAUAAUGAGACAUUUCUGAGUGAAACAGAAUAGUCAGUGAGAGAACAGACGGGUGCCACUUGAGUUUACCCAAAUGGAAUUGAUUUGAUUGUGAAAAGUGGUCUCUAUGUCAAGUUGGAGGGCAUCUGCAGAACAGGAACUGCAAUGAAAUCUAUUUUUGGGUUAAUUUUGAUAAGAUAAUGAAGACAGUUUUUUUUUUUUAAAUUAACUUUUAGAUCAACUGUUCGGAGUGAGGCCUAAAAAGUACACUAAGAGAGUAAAAACAAUGGCAAUUUUUGAUUCGUGUUGGCUUAAAUAAUUAACCCAGUAAUGUGCAGUGUAUUAAUGACCUUUACACUCUUAAAAAUAAAGGUUGUUUAUUAGCAUUUGAUGGUUCUAGGAAAGUUCAACAUCCUUGGAACUCUCCCAGCAAGCACAUAAUGUCAGAAUUCAUUGACAAAAGUCAUAAGACAUUGAUAUUUGAUUAAACGUCGGGUGACCAAAAUUCAACGUAAAUUCAACGUCUAAUGUCAAUGUUAAAUUGAUGUGCAAUACCGACGUCAGCUGAUGUUGAUAUUUUGUUGUGUUUAAUUUGUGUAACCAAAAUCCAACGUUAAGUCAACGUCAAAGUGACGCCAACCCGAUUUCCAUUCUCAACCAAAAUGCAACGUCUGAGGUCCAACGUCAACCUGACGUUAUGUUGACGUCUGGUGCCUGCUGGGUUUUAACUGCAACAAAGGCUCUUUUAGAUUAUUAAAAUAUAAAGAAAAUAAUGGUUAUUUUAAAGGGCUCAUCGGAUGCCCAUUUUCCACAAGUUGAUAUGAUUCUUUAGGGUCUUAAUGAAAAGUCUCUAAUAUACUUUGAUUAAAAAUUCUCAAUGGUUUUGUAAAACAACACCCUUUUUACCUUGUCAAAAUGAGCUCUGCAAAAAUCAUCUCAUUCUAAGGGGUUGUUCCUUUAAAUGCAAAUGAGCUUUGCUCACCCCGCCCCUCUCUUCUCUCUGUGGAAAGACGGUCUUAUGUAUAUUAGCCGCAUUUAGCCGCAUUUAGCCACGUUUAGCUGCUAAACUUCCUAACUACCACGUUAUAAGGAAAGGCGAUCGCAAAGAUUCAUAAAAAAACACUUAUACUCACUUCUGCUGUAAGUGAAGCUGGAUCAUGAAUGAUUCGCGUGAACAUAGACGGAUACGUAGAUCGGGAGGCGCAUUCCAUUCACAAACAAACCUAAUCUACUGCAUCUUCAGCGGCUCAGAUAUUGGGAGUAAAUGACGACCACUAUGUUCAUUAUUACAUCCAGCAACACAACACCUCAAUCGCUCAACCUGAGAUAUUCUUGUCUAACUUACAUCCCUGCUCUGGCAUCAAAACAUGGAAAGUUACUGAACUGUGACAGCUGGUCUGAGGUGAGAGCUCAUGUCAAUCAACUAUCGUAGGAGCGGCCUCUGUCUGUGUGACGUCACACCGACAGGCAUCUGAGAACGGCUCGAUUUGAAAAAGGGGAUAUUAUUUUUACAGAUUAAUUAAAAACCACUGCAUGGAUUUCUAUCAUUAUAGGGUAGAUUUAUACAUACACUGUUUCACGAGUUCACGCUUACAUAUAAUUAGCCGGAGUAUAGUAAUGCAUAUUUGGCGUGCUGUCCGGGGAAGGGCUCCAAGCUCGGGAAUGGCCCGAACCCAGAGAUGGCCCGAACCCAGGGUGGUGGUGGGAUGCUGAUAAACCAUCAAAUGGAUAGAGGCAAGUUCAGCUGUAUUUAAAUUGUAGCGUUGAUUAACUUGAGUGAGCUCCUCUUGUGAUAAUUAGGCUAGGUAUCUGACGCGCUCCUCCCGAACCUUGUUAAUAAAACAUCAUAAAAAAUAAAAAACACAAUUUGUUGAGUCAGCUUAAAAUUAUUUGUUACCCUGCUGCCUUAAAAUUUUAAGUUCAGUCAACUAAAAUAAGUUUAUUCAACUUGAAAUGUUAAGUUGUACUGAGUAACAACUUAGAUAUUUGUGUUUGCUAAACUUAACAGAUGGGUAAGUAACCCAGCUGCCUUAAAAUCUGAAGUUGAUUCAACUCAAAUAUCUAAGUUGUCACUUGGUAUAAUUUAACAUUUCAAGUUGAAUAAACUUUUUUUGAGUUGACUGAAUUUAAAAUUUUAAGGCAGCCAGGUUACAAAUUAUUUUAAGUUGACUCAACAAGUAGUUUUUUUACAGUGUACACUGCCAGCACACAUUAACGUUCAAACAACAUGAAAAAGUGAACUUAGCAUCCGAUGACCCCUUUAAGAACUGUCCACAGAAAGGUUGACUAUGAAAAAAAUGAUAUGAUUACUAACUUAUGUUUCAUCUUUUUUUAUAAUUUAUUUGAAAUUCAACUUGAUUUUUAUCUAUAUAUUUUUUAAGUUUGUUUAUUGUAAUUCAAGUUGAAAUGACUUGUACAACCAAGUUUAUUAUACUUAAAAAGUAAAACAUUUAAGGAAUAAAUGUAACUAAAGUUUUCAAGUUAAAAUGGGUGGAAAUGUGUAUGUUUUGGAACCAAAAUUGGUUCUAUGGCAUUGCUGUGCAAACUCCCUUUUGAAACCUUUAUUUUUAGGAGUGUAUAAUAUUUAGAAGUGUUUAAGGACACAGAAAGGUAUAAUGAGUUUAAUUUCAAAGUACAUUAUUUUUAAAUCUUUUUGUUCUUUAUUUAUUUUAUUAUCUGACACCGGAUUUCUGUAUUUGUAGAUUUAUUUAUUUAUUUAUUUAUUUAUUUAUUGCAUUCUUUGUUUUGCUUUGGUCUUAAGAUAAUUAAAAUUUCCCAAAUGCAUUGCACACUACUAAAACCGUUAUACAGAAGAUAAAAGGCGCUAACGAUUGUACUUGAUUGUGAGGAUGAUUUUAAAUGUUUUAACAUGAACAAUAAACAAGACAGUGUUAAGACAGAAAAAUGACAAGUAAUAUGCGCCGUGAUUUUGCACUUUUGAUCGAGCUUUCUCACAUUUAUCAAAACAGAAAUAUUUUUAGAUGAAUCCAGCUGGAAUGCGAAAGGAUCCACAAGAAAUGCAGCAGCGUGAAGGCAAGACAGAGCAUAUAAAAAUGAAAUAGAAACCCAACAUCCAUUAUUUUGUGGUCAGUCUGGAAAGGAGCGUGUCAGAGGUGUACAGGACGCAUACAGGUGUAAUUAUGGCGGCACAGCAGGAGGCCACGCAUGGUUGACCAUGACCGCGCUGCACCUGUCAGUCAUGCAAAUGUACAUACGCGUCGGGACUGUUAAAGCAGCCGUCGCAUUAAUGCGCCCCAGAUGACUGACAAGUUGGCAUUGCUGUUGCAUGCACAAAUGUUUGCAGAUACGCUGUGCAGCUAUGAGUGAUGAGGCGGCCUAUUAUAGCUUGAAUUAUUGCAAAAGCUAGUGUUCGGUGUGUAUAAAUACUGAAAUGCCUGUCCAUCUUGAGGGGAAGCACAAGAAUUCGUCCAGAUUUAUGCUAGUGUCACUUUGAAAAACAGCAAGUGGGAAAAAUGUUUACAAGAAAAAUGUUUACAUUCCAGUAAUAAUAGGGCUGUUAUCUUAAUUGAUCUGGCCACAGUAAUUGAGUUUAUUUUAAAAACAGAGAAAUGAUGUAGCUUUAAAUGACAUUGCUAAAUAGCUAAAAGGUUAAUUAAAGGAAUACUUCAGGUUCAGAAGUUGUUCAUUCAACAGCAUUUGUGGCAUACUGUUGAUUACAAUGCUGAAUAAUUCAAAUCUUCUUUAAAAAAGCAAAAAGUCAAGGCUGCAACAAGACACUUACAAUAGAAGUGAACAGGGCAAAUUUAUGGAGGAUUUAAAAGCAGAAAUGUGAAGCUUAUUUUAUAAAAGCACUUACAUUUUCUUAUUAAAACUUGUGUAUUAUUAAAGUUGUACAGUUGUUUCCACCAUUUUACAGUCAUUUUAGAUUUUAGAUUUUUAGGUACACUCUUAAAUGCAUCAUUCCAUGAAGAACCUUUAACAUCGAGGGAACGUUUACAUUCCGCGAAAGAUUGUUAACAGUCAAAAAAGUUUCUCUAGACUGUUAAAAUUUUCCUCACACUAAGAAAAAAAAAUGGUUCUUUAGGGUACCAAAAUGGUUCUUCUGUGGCAUCACUGCCAAAAAACAUUUGUU